AUGUCGGCUAACAGGCAUUUGACUUCCUGGGAAAUGGUGUUGAGCAAAGUCCCUCUGCAGCAAGUGCCCAGAACACCCGGUGUGUUUUCAAGAAGAACUUUCUUCAACUUUACCGGACCGCUAGUGAACAAAAGAAAAGAAUAUUCAGAAAGGAGGAUUAUAGGGUUUGCAUCUUGUACAGAUGGGAAGCUGUUUAAUAAUUUGGAAACGAUGUGGCGCUUCAGCCCAGGAAUACCUGGCUACCCAAGAACGUGCACCUUGGAUUUUUCGGUCUCCUUCGAGUUUCGCUCUCUCCUGCACUCCCAGCUCGCCACACUGUUCUUCGACGAAGUGGUCAAGCAGAUGGUAGCAGCGUUUGAAAGAAGGGCCUCCAAGCUGUACGGUCCAGAGACGAGCAUACCUCGCGAGCUGAUGUUUCACGAAGUGCACCAGACAUAAGGGGGGGGGGGGAGUCGACGUUAAAUUAUUUGUACAUCUGGUUCAUACAUGAAACUUAUCUUCAUGUGUGCCUCAAAUUACACGGGGGCAUUUGCCAAUCAUGUAUAGUGUACUACUGUACAAAAGCGUGCACAGGAAGUGCGCAUGUACAUGAUGUAGAAGUUUCAAUCAAGUGCAAUUUAAGGUGCUGAUAAGCAUGACCGAAGGGCAGCUACAGUCUACACCAAAAUUGCCUUCUCCAUCUUGCCAGUUUGUAUAAACGGACUCAGCACUGGCAGUUCUUCUGCCUUAUUAUUAUUAUUAUUUUGCAGUGUUUUAUUUACUAUUACAGUCAAGUUUUUAAGUUAUUAGUCUUUCAAACUUAUUUAUUUUUACUAUUCACACAAACCAAAGGCAGUU